AUGGCCACUGGGUCGCUGGCAAAUGUCAUCUAUCAGACGCCCUAUAAAUUCCAAGGCUUGGUCACAGUCGGCAAAGUCAUCUUCAUCAUUGAUCUGAUCAUGUUCCUAUCCUUUGUGGCGUUGAUAACGAGGAGAUUCAUUGUGGCACGCGGUUCGUUCAGACACUCGUUCAUCCAUUACGGGGAAGCCUUCUUCGUUGGCACAUUCUGGGUCUCGGUCAGCCUGAUCAUCCAGGGUGCAGAUUCAUAUGGUCAUUACGCUGGCUGCGGGCCUUGGCUGGAUACGGCGGUCAAGAUAUGCUUCUGGGUGUACUGCGGUCUUACCCUGCUCUUUGCGAUUUUUCAGUACGACCUCCUGUUUGUGACCCAAAGGAUCAGUAUACAAGGGAUGACGCCAGCCUGGAUCUUACCCAUGUACCCUCUUAUUGUCGCAGGGCCACUGGCUGGGGAGAUUCUUCAACACCAACCACCUCAGCCUGGAAUUCCUAUUUUUGUCGCCGGAGUUACAUUCCAAGGCCUUGGGUGGAUGGUCACCAUCUUCCUCUACGCGAUUUGGGUCAUUCGUCUGUUCUCUGCCGACCUUCCGGCGCCAUCUUUGCGGCCUGGCAUGUAUGUUGCAGUAGGGCCGACGGCAUAUACGGCAGCUGGCCUGGUCUCGCUCUCCCAGCGUGCGACAUCCAUACUGCCCGUUGGCUUUCUUGGUGUCAAGACAGUCUCCGCACCUGAGGUCCUUCGCGUCAUUGGCAGCAUUGCGGGAGUCUUCCUUUGGUUGCUUGCAUUUUGGUACUGCGCCAUUACCACUAUCUCUGUCUUCAACGGCAUCAAGACUAUGUCUUUCACGCUCACUUGGUGGGGUUUUGUUUUCCCCAAUGCAGGCCUUGCGCUUGCCACGACUGCAGUUGGGAAGGCGUUGGACAGUCCUGGUAUCAAAUGGGUCAGCACUGCUAUGACUGCAAUACUGUUCGUGCUUUGGCUCUUUGUGGCGUUCGCCCAUGCUCGAGCGGUUUGGAAGGGUCAGAUUUUGUGGGAGGGCAGGGAUGAGGAUGCGUGA